GUCCUUCAUUUAUGCACAUAGUACAAAAACCAGCAUAACAAUAAGUUUUAGUUACGCUUCUAGCUAUCACUCGAAUACAAACAUACAUAUGCAUAUAUGUGCAUUCAUGUAUGUAUGUAUGUGUGUAUGUUUCGUGCUUACAUAUUGGCCGUUUCGUAUUUAGUUAUUGUUUAAAUGGCGUUCAAGCUGGUCCAAAUGCGGCUCAGCAGCUGGCAGCGCCGGCUCGUUGCCCAUUUCCAGCUGCAUCCGAUGGCCAAGGGCGUGCUGACAUAUACGCUAAUGUGGCCCACGGGCAGCCUGAUACAGCAGACGCUCGAGGGACGCAAUUUGAAGACGUACGACUAUGCGCGCGCCCUGCGCUUUAGCCUGUUUGGGGGUCUCUAUGUGGCGCCCACGCUUUACGGCUGGGUGCGUCUGACCAGCGCCAUGUGGCCGCAGACAAACCUGCGCAUCGGCGUGCUCAAGGCGAUAACCGAGCAAAUCAGCUACGGUCCGUUCGCCUGCGUCAGCUUCUUUAUGGGCAUGAGCCUGCUGGAGCUGAAGACAUUUGGCCAGGCCAUUGACGAGGUCAAGCAGAAGGCGAUUCCCACCUAUAAGGUUGGGCUGUGCGUGUGGCCCGUUCUGCAGACGAUCAACUUUUCCGUGGUGCCCGAACACAAUCGCGUCGUCUUUGUCAGCAUUUGCAGCCUGUUGUGGACCAUAUUUCUGGCGUAUAUGAAAACGCGCGAGUUGCAGGAAAAUACCAGACCUGAUGCAUAGAUCAAUUGUCGGUUCAAAUCCAUCCCAUUUUAAUAUUCGAUUGGUUUACAGCAACUCCGAACAAUUUCUGCUAGUUGUAAAUUGUGUAUGUGUUAAUUUAGCAACAAAUUGUAAAUGAAAAGGCAUUUAAUUUACACAA